AUGAAGAUAAACACAUGGACAAUUAUUAUUUGGACCAUUUGGUUUAUUUUUAAUGAAUGUUGUUGUCAAAUAACUGAUGUUAUUUCAACAACUCAAUGUCCAACUGAUGAUACAUGUGAAAAUAAAAUAAAUAAUGAUACUCUGGUGAGUUUUGAUAACUCUACAAUUGAUACAGCAACAACAAGUUUUUAUUCAACAACAACAAGAACAACAACAACGACAACAGAAAGUGAUGAUGAAGGAAUUGAUUUGAAAGUAGACUUUGAUAAUAUUGAAGCAUCAAAAAAUAUUAGCAUCACAACAACAACAACAAUCAUGCCAGUUGUAACAACAGUAGCAACAAUUGUUAAAAACACAACAAGACAAUUAACAUUACAAAAACAAAAUAAAAAUAUUUGUCCUUGUGAUUUGACAGUACUUGUUUGUGAUAUAAAUUGUUGUUGUGAUACUGAUUGUCAUGAGUAUCAACUUGAAGUUUUUUCAAAAUGUUAUGAUAUUAAACCAAAGAAUUACGAUUCACAAUAUUGUUUUAACAAAAAUUUUAUUAAAAAAAAUAAUACUAAAUUUAUUCUUGAUAGAUUAGCUGAUAAUUUAUUUUGUAUAUCAAAAGAAAAUACACCACCACUUGAUUCAGCAAUAAAUUCAAUGAGAAUUAAAAAUCGUGAAAAAUUUAAUGAUGUUUUGAAGAAUAAUCAUCAGACAAGAUACAGUUGGAUUGAACAAAAAAAACCAAAUAAAAUUAAUAUCAAUGUAUCGAGUUUGUAUAUUCAUGGUGAUGUAUUUUGGAUAAAAAGAAAUAAAAAAGUUAAAAAAUUUGAGCUACCACUUAAAGGAUUUACUGGACAAUGUUCAAUGAUAAAAGAAAUUGAAUAUUUAAAUAAUUGGCAAUCAAAUUGUCUUCAAAUUAAUUUAAGAAAUGAAAAUCCAUGGAUUAAUCCAGAUUUUUACAGCAACAUUACUGUCAUAUCAUUGCCAAAGUAUUUAAACACAUCAAUCAAUGAAAAUUGUACAAAAAAUAUAUGUAUUCCAGUUGAAACAAAAAUUUGUACAAAUGCAUUUAAAAAUUGUAAUUCUAAAAUUAUUCCUCGUGCUUCUUGUGUCAAUGAGACAUGUGUAAACAUUGUCAAAAAAUUUGAGUACACAAUUUAUCACAAUGGCAGUGAUGGUAUUAAAAAUGUCAAAUUAAAUAUUCAAUUGGGAAAUUUUACAAGAGCAUUUAAUCAACAAUAUGAAAUUAAAUUCCAGUGGAUAAAUUCAUCAAGUCAGCCACUGAUGAGAAGUGGAAGUUUGGGCUAUCUUUUAAACAAGCCAAUUAUUUUUGGAACCAUGUUAUCCAAUGCUUCCAGUACUGUGUCCAAUGACAUCAUCAGUUUUAACACUUCAAAUUACAUUUUUAAAAUUCCACUGGGUAUGAAAGACUCCAAGUGUUCAAGUGACAACAAGUAUCCACUUGUUCUUGGAGAAGAUGUCAAGUCAAAAUGUAAAAUUAUUGUUGAUACUGAUAAUUUUACAGCCAAUACUUGUAUGGAAAUUAAUCAAAAAAUUAUCACAGCAUUUUUUGAUGAUUCAUUAGUUAAUAUUACUGAUAUUGACAACUAUCCAAUUUACAUAUCUAGAAGUGGUAACACGACAAAUUUAAAUGCAACUGAUUGGAAUCAAAUUUUACUUAAUAGAAUUCCAAAAAAUAUUGUUACUGCUAAAAUAUUGGAGACAGAGUAUCAAUGUUCUGGACUUUUUACUUCAAUUAAAAUUGAUUUGAUGUAUGGUCUUAUGCCAAAGAUGACAAAUGAUGAUUAUUAUAAAAUUGUUGGAGCUGGCAUCACUGUGUCUGAUGAAGAAUCCAUAACUUGGGAAAGAAAAUGUUUUGAUAAAAAUAAUAGCACUGUUGAUAGGUGCAUUGACACAUUGAGUGUUGAUAUUAUUACUUAUGUUUCAUCACGUGAUAUAUCAACACCAGAAAUGUAUUAUUAUGCUGGUGGACCAAACUUGGAUCUCAUAUUGCCUUAUGAUUUUUUUUAUCCAUUUUUGAGUAGAAAUAAUAAUUCUUCAACAAUUUAUUCUUCAUGUAUUAUUUUA